AUGCCGUCGCCUGUUUUAUUCGCAGACAUGGGCAAUCGCGUAUACUAUCAGCCAGGCGCACGAGUUAGCAUUGCAUUAGUACAACCGACAAUCACUGUUGAACGAGAUGAACUUGUAUAUUAUAUUUCAGCAAGGUUUAUUCUUGAGACGGUUAUCGUUGAGCCUCAACCGACGCCCAAGAAGAAAUGGCACUUCCUGAAUUCAAUUCGUCUGACUUGCCAGAGUCAUCGUACCGACGUUUGUUUGCCCGAAUCAGAUGCCACGCCAAUCAUGAAAAUAACAAGUACGCAAUCUCGAGGUUGGCAAGCUGGGGGUGGUGUCACAGCAGGUCCUACCCCAGGUGGGAAUGUCAACUUCAGCAUCGUCGGAAAUACAGCAGUCACCCGAGAUACCCAAACUGGAUCUUGGGGGCUCGUUGCUUUUAAAGAACCUCUGCAUAACGUUUGGCAUUGGGAAUCCAAAACGAAGACAUUAGGAUACGUUCCCGACGAUGUAAAAACAAGCAUGCGUCGAGCCAUCACGGUUACUCGAACGCGCCCAAUUGCCACUGUGAAUGCCGAAAAUGACCCAGUGGCAGCUUUCGACUUCAGUGUCACGGUAACUACUCCCUCAUAUUUAUCAAGACGACCUAAGUUGCUUAUCUACACCAGAUUGUCCCAAGCGAAUGUGGCCAUGGAUUUCGUUUUCACGCCUUCCAUUACUGGCAGCAAUGCACAAAUUCUGAUCCUGAGCGUGGAUUCCACACAAUAUGGAACCAUGGAGAACCUCACCCUGCGGUAA